AUGAACGGCGAGAGCGCGGCUGCGGGCACCACCCGGCGCGAGGCGCCUCCGGCCGAGGCAGCGCAUGUUCUGGUGGUGGACGACGACGACCGCCUGCGCACGCUGCUCGGCCGCUAUCUGCGAGACAACGGUUAUCACGUCUCCUCCGCUAGCUCGGCCGCCGACGCGCGGGCCAAGCUCGACGGCAUGGCCUUCGAUCUGAUCGUGCUCGACGUCAUGAUGCCGGGUGAAUCGGGCAUCGACUUCACGCGCGGGCUACGCCGCUCGACCACGGUUCCGAUCCUGCUGCUCACGGCCAUGGGAGAGCCGGAGGACCGCAUCGCGGGGUUGGAGAGCGGGGCUGACGAUUACUUGACCAAGCCCUUUGAGCCGCGCGAGCUGCUUCUGCGCGUCGCGACCAUUCUGCGACGUACCGCCCCGCCGCCCUCUGCGCUGCCUGCGACGUGCAUCAAGAUCGGCGAGUUCCGCUAUUUUCCAGCGCGGGAUCAGCUCCUGCGCGGCGACGAGGCGGUCCGGCUGACGACGGCCGAGGCCGACCUCCUCCGUGUCUUUGCCGCCAAUCCGGGAGAGACGUUGAGCCGGCAUGCGCUCAGCCAACGGCUCGACGGAAGCCCCUCGCGGCGCGCCAUCGACGUGCAGAUCGCCCGGUUGAGACGCAAGAUUGAGCCGGAACCCCAAAAUCCCCGUUAUCUUCAGACCGUCUGGGGCCGGGGCUAUGUUCUGCGGGCCGAUUGA